UGAGCCAUGGACCCCAGGGAUUUAGCUGUGCGGUCUUGUCCCGGGCCAAUUUACCCCCCACUAACCACCCUUCCAUGACGCAUGCAAUGAUCCAAGCUGCCACCAUGAUGUGAAUCUUCCUCUCGAUGGCGCACUUCCGGUCUCCCACCAACGUUUCUUUAGGCGCAGCGAUCGGAAAGAGAUCCAGGUGACAGGAAAUGGAGGAGCCGAGCAAGCCCCAAAUCCCCAGAGUGAAGUUAGGAAGCCAGGGCUUGGAGGUUUCCAAGCUGGGUUUCGGUUGCAUGGGCCUUACCGGAGUGUACAACUCUCCGGUCGCCGAAGAAGCCGGGAUUUCCAUCAUCAAGCACGCCUUCGACGAAGGUAUCACCUUCUUUGACACCGCUGAUGCUUAUGGACCCCAUACUAAUGAGGUCUUGCUUGGAAAGGUUUUGAAGCAAUUGCCUCGCGAGAAGGUCCAGUUGGCCACAAAAUUUGGUAUUGCAGGAAUAGAUCAGACUGGGGUGAUAGUGAAGGGCAAUCCGGAAUACGUCCGGGCAUGCUGCGAGGCAAGCCUUGAACGGCUCGGUGUAGAUUACAUCGAUUUGUAUUACCAGCACCGAGUGGACAAGUCGGUGCCCAUAGAAGAAACUAUGCGGGAGCUCAAAAAGUUGGUGGAAGAGGGGAAGGUGAAGUACAUCGGAUUGUCUGAGGCCAGUCCAGAUACAAUUAGGCGUGCUCAUGCGGUGCAUCCAAUCACUGCAUUGCAGAUGGAGUGGUCUUUAUGGACUCGUGAAAUCGAAGAGGAGAUUGUCCCACUUUGCAGGGAACUUGGCAUUGGGAUAGUUCCAUACAGUCCUCUGGGUCGUGGAUUUUUUGGGGGAAGAGCAGUUGUAGAAAGUUUGCCAUCUCAUAGUUACUUGGCUUUACAUCCUAGAUUCACUGGAGAUAACUUAGAAAAGAACAAGAUAUUAUAUGCACGACUAGAGAAGUUGGCCAUGAAGCAUUGUUGUACCCCUGCUCAGCUUGCUCUAGCUUGGAUACUUUAUCAGGGCAAUGAUGUGGUUCCCAUCCCUGGAACAACCAAGAUAAAGAACUUGAAUGACAACAUUGGGUCCUUAAGCGUGAAGCUCACAGAGGAGGACUUGAUAGAAAUCUCAGAUGCUGUGGGUAUCGAAGAAGUGGCAGGUCCUAGAACCUAUGGACAUUUAGUACCACACUCAUGGAGAUUUGCGAACACCCCAGCAAAAACAUAACACAUCUUCGCUGAAAAUUCCUGAUGAUCUGUCUUUUGCAAUUGCUUAUUAUUUUCUUCCAAUAUAUGUUAUAUACCAGCAGUGAAAACAAGAUACUAAUGUAGUCCAAUGGUAAUGCCUAAUGAUCUAUCUUCAGCUAUUGCUUAUUAUUAUUA